AUGGCUGGUGGGGUUGAAUCUCAGUGGUCCAUACGUGUGUUUGAAAGAUUUGAGCGUUCUGUGGUGCGACUGAACCAUGGAGGUCUUUUUCUUGGCACCGGCUUCGUUGUUUACUGGGACGAGUCCCGGGCGUGCCUCAUAAUAACAUGCCAUCAUGUUGUUUCGCGUGUACCGAUGAGUGAAAUCCUGGAUGCUUACUUCUCUGGGAACACUAUACCAUCUGCUGUGCGCAUAGUUCGUCGCGGCAACGACAUCAAAGACCUUGCUUUGCUUUGGGUCCAACGCAUGUCUAGCCAAGUCACCAGACCUCCCGUUGUUAUGGACUUCUUCCAGCAUCCAGUGGCACCGGGAUGGGACGUUGUUCUGCUUGGCUAUAACGUUUUGCGUAAUAAUUUUAUCCUGGAGCCCUCAACCUGGUCUGGCCGAAUCAUUUCCCCGUCAACCAAUACACAUAUCAAAUAUAGUUGCACAAGCACUGGAGGCAUGUCUGGGUCACCUAUUGUCCUGGCAGGAGUAAACAAAGUCGUUGGGGUGCAUUUCAUGAGCAGUGGAUCGACUGGGUAUGCGAUUUGCACCCAAGCUAUAAGAGAAUACUUAGAAGAAUAUUUACACAUGGACAACCUAUCGAUCCAUGAGCUGCUUGCCAUAGCUGCUGAAGCAACAUGA